AUGGAAGGGGGGUGGCCCACCACAGGGGGAUUCCUCCUCUGCCUCCCUGUCAGCCUUCUGCUUCAAGGAAGGGCAAACACUUUCAGCAUCAAUUGUUCAGUCUUUGACCAGCGUGGCGUAGACCCUGCUGUCUUCCAGGCUAUAUUUAACCAGAAGGACUUCCGUCCAGUCAUCAACUACAGCAUCCCCACUCACAUCAGCAUCUCCUUCAUCCUGUCUGCCAUCCUCAAAGUGGAUGCACAGCUUCAGCUGCUGAUGUCAUUUCUGUGGUUAAAGUUGAUCUGGAGUCACCCAUUCAUCAGCUGGGACCCAGAAGAAUGUGGUGAUAUCAAUAAACUCACCGUGACAGCUGAGAACCUGUGGCUCCGAGACAUCUUCAUCGUGGAAUUCAACGACAUGGAUCACACUCUGGAUGGCCUCUCCGCCUGUGUGACUAAUGAAGGUCGCGUUGUGGACAACAAACGGAUGCAGGUGACCGGCAUCUGUAGCCUGGACAUCUACUUCUCUUUUGACCAGAAGAACUGCACCCUCACUUUUAGCUCUUUGCUCUACACAGUGUCUGUCUCCCCUGCCCUGGAAAACAUGUUGCUGGGCAUGGACAAGGAAGUGUGGGAGAUAACAGACACCUCGCGUGACAUUGGCCACACACAAGGGGAGUGGGAGCUCCUGGGCAUCAACAAGGCCACCCCAAAGAUAUCUGUGGUCUUCAGCCUUUUUGACCAGAUCAUGUUCUAUGUGGCCGUCAGGCGCAGGCCCAGCCUCUAUGUCAUAAACCUCCUGGCGUCCAGUAGCUUUCUGAUCACCAUCGACGCCCUCAGCUUCUUCCUGCCAGUAGAAAGUGAGAACCGUGCCCCAUUCAAGAUGACACUCCUGCUGGGCUACAACGUCUUCCUGCUCAUGGUUAAUGACUUACUCCCUGCCAGUGACACCUCCCUCAUCAGUGUCUACUUCGCCCUGUGUCUGUCACUGAUGGUGGUCAGCCUGCUGGAGACCAUCGUCAUCACCUACCUGCUGCACCUGGCCACCACCCAGCCCCCACCCAGGCCUCGCUGCCUCCAUUCCCUGCUUCUACACUGCACCAGCCCAAGGAAACGCUGCCCUGCUGCUCUCUGGAAGGAGGACGUGGGCCUGGGCCUCACACCCACCCACCUGUCUGGGCAGAAGGAGCCAGGGGAAUUGGGAGGGAAGGAGCUGGGACCCAGAGAGGCAGAACUGAACGGUGGCUCAGGAUGGACAAGGGCCCGGCUAGCUGACCUGUGGGUGCAUUUCAGCCACAUGAUGGACACCCUGCUCUUCUGCAUCUACCUGCUUUUCUUGGCCACCUCCAUCACCAUGGUCAUCAUCCUCUGUAACACCUAGGAGUAGUGUCCUAACAGUGCAAGAACACCUGGUGUUCAGGUUUCCUUGGCUUCAACUAACCAUCCCAGGCCCUGUUCCCCUGCUCCAGUCCACAUACAACAGUCCCAGAAAUGUGCCCGUGAUCCCUGCUCCAGCCUUCCCAGGGCUUAAACAGAGCUACUGCCGACUCUCUCAGAACUGACAUUACAUUUCCAAAACACAAUGAAUUCUAACAUGUUUAUGUUAGA